CGUCAGGUGCAAUUCGCGGGGUUGUGUAUAAACGAUUGUAGAGCAAGGACAUGCCGGCUCGCCCACGGCGCCAGUUUGCGUCGCAUUUCUUGCAUGGCCUCCGUCCUCACUCAGGCGCCCCUCCCUGGCCCCCUCCAUGAAAUCCGCCUCUGCCGCUCCCUUCAGAAGACGGUAGCUCCGUCCUCGACGACCCCGACAACGGCGAUCACACUCCACGCCCAAGUUGAACAGAAGGCGCACAUCGCCGGGACCACUCACCUCGGGUUUGCCGACGCGCCUGAACAGCGUGUUCCCGACCAGGUCUUCCCAGCGACCUCUGCAGCCUCUAGCGCGCGUUUUCACCACGAUCACUUUUGCGAGACCCUGCCAUCCUCGUUCUCGGACAUGGGGCACUAUUCCCUUGACGCGCACACCGCAUCACAUUCAUUCCGAAAUGCCGACGAUGCGUUUUCCAGUCAGGAACCACCGUCGAAGCAGACAAAGUAUGAUGACCUCGCAGACGCGAUGAUGCGCGAACCUCCUGCGUCCAAGACGGUCUCGAUUGUCGCACCGUCCGACCUCUCGCACGAUCAUCACCACGAGGACGGUUACCCAACCUUAAACUAUGCUGUUUCUGAGCCCGGCCACUCUUCUAUUUACUCCGCCAGCUACGGAUACACAUUUUCGGGCCGUGGUCCGCUUCUCCACACGUACACGACCCAGUCGUUGUCUGGAUAUCCUGAUUCGCCGCAUGGCUGCCACACUAGCAUUCCCAGCCACCGCAACUCAUAUCCCCUGGAUAGCAUGCAUCUGUUAUCAACCCCAGCGUCCUUCUCAUCGCCAUCGCAUGUCGGUAGGAGAAAGCUCAGGAAGCCUAUUCAACAUCGACCCAUGGCUAGUGCCUCAGCACCAAGCCCUUCCAGCUCUAGCUUUCACCAAAGUGCCAGGUUAUGGCGGACUUUAAGCUUUCGAACUCUCAGCGGGACAGACGGAAAUCCUCGAUCGCGUAAGAGCAGCGGCUUGUUCUCUCGCGCGCCUCACACCAUCAGCGAGAGCGGGCACGGCUAUCCCAAAAGAGAAAAUGCUACACAAUCAGCCCUUAAAUCGCAUGAUAGUGGCGGUGGCGGCAGCAGGAGCUCUCAGUCGCAAUCGAGCGCGACUUCUCACUCUUCAAGUCCAUCAUCAUCGUUGUCGUCAAAUCAUUCGACACCGGCAACAACGCCGGACCAUGCAUCCCCUUCAAUAUCUCCUUUUGAGGACCCUCUGCCGGAACGUGUAGUCGAGGCAGCCGAAGAGAAGCAAGAGCCGCCCAUUCUGCCUCCCCAGCUCAGUCGGCGCAGCGGCCAGUCGCCUGCGCGCAAGCUCAAGAAGCGACGUCCACCGCCGAGCACGUCAUCAAGUCCACAAACGCAUAGUCUCUGGCGAUUGAGAACGCAGAUUCAGGGGCACUCUAGCCGAACGGAUGAUUAUGGAUUUCUACUUCCGAUCGACCCGGCAGUCCCGUUCGGUUUGGCGAUUCAGCCCAAGGAUCUAGCACGAUCUUCCCGUCCCUCUCUCAGGCAUGCGAAACGCAAGAGCUCGACAACCGCGCUUGCGCAAUUGGCCUGGACGGGCUUGUCAUCAUCCGAGCUUGCCGCCCUCACCUCUCGACUCAACAUCCGUCAACACUCCCCCGAGCGCUCUGCACGCCUUGCGCGGUAUGAAAUCGAGUUUCAGCCUGGCGUUUUUGACUCAUUCGGCGAGUCAUUGUACGCUAGUGGAGGGAACCCCAAGUCGACUCACAUCAACGACUUGGGCGAGAGCAAGGUGGAUACUGCGGACGAAGCACCGGGUGGGAACGGGAGCUCGCUAGGGAAUGCCGUGAGCUACACGCUGUCGACAAUGCGUAGGAAGGUCGGGAACUCGACGCGCGAGAAUGCGCAUGCACAUACUGCUACAGCUUCGUCCCCACCUCCCAGCAACUCUCAUGUCGACGUGAAGACUCACGUGACGCAAUCGCACUAUACGGGCCAGCAUCGGUCGAGUCGGCACUAUGCGAACCUCCUUGAAAGUGAUCCCAUGGCGAUGCGUCGCUGGACGCUUGCGAUGGCCGACGUACCCGACGAGAUACUUGUGCAGGAACUGGACAAGCUUCGGAAGGAGACCGCUAACAGACGGUCACGUUCAGGCAAAAUGCGGACCCCUACUGCUAGCUCGAACGGGCACAGUGACUAUGCUCAUGGAGAGCAGUCGUUCUUUACGGGCUCAGAAGAGUGGAAAGUGGGAGGACCGCACUUCCAAGUGGGCCCUGAGAGCGAUUCGGAGGAUGAGGAGGACGACACGAUCGAGGAGAUGGACAUUGAGGACGAUGAGGAGGAGUGGAGAGCAGCGAGGCGGGCGCUGCUGUGUUGUCGGGAACUGGUCCGGACGGAACGCAACUACCAGGCGCGUCUCAGGCAACUUCUCAACGAGCAGUCGUCACAUCCUCUAUUCUCGCUGCUGCUGUCCUACGUCCCCGCUCUCAUCCAGGCCUCGGAAGCGCUUUUGGUUCGCUUGGCGGACGACCCGUCGGCAUGGGGAGUGAGCACAGCCUUCAUUGGUUGUGAGGAGGAGCUCGAAGCAGCACUCGUGGCUUGGUGCGGCAUCGUUGGCGAGUUCUUUGCGGAGAGUGAUGAGAAGGAUAAGCGUGGCAGGAAGAUAAGCAGGAAAGGGCCGGGCGCUUUGCCUAUGACAGCAGCAAGGAGCGCAAGCCAAAGUGGAGGGGCAUUAAGCAAGCCAAAGAUGGCGGAGCACCGGCGCAUGUCGCUUAUCGGCUACGGCGAGGCUCCUGGAAGCAGUGGCAUGUUCACGGCCGCGCUGGGAACAGGUCUUGCGUAUGGCCUCUCGCCGACGUCGCAAACAACUCAAUUGGGGAAGCAUGGAAGCACUACUAGCGUCAAGGAGACGAGCCAUAGUGCGGCAGGUACACUCACGCGAACGCUCAGCAUGUGGAAACGUAAGAGCGUGCCGUCGUCGCUGUCGAAUCUACCCACCUCCGUUGGCCUUCCUUCCUCUCCCACUGGAAUGUCACCGACCACUGAGGAGAAGAAGCUUACAGUACGGGACCUCGCGAUUCAGCCCACGCAGCGGGUCAUGAGAUACGUCCUGCAGUAUAAAGACUUGCUCCAACACACGCCUGCAACUAGCCCUUCCAGGGGUCUGGUAGAACGUGCCCUCGAAAGUGCGCUUCGCAUUGCAAGUAAGUGCGACCGCGCGCAGGGCAACUCCACCUUCCUUCGCCGACCAUGAUCUGGUUGAUAUACCCUUAUUCGUUUUGUGUCUCUCCUCUUCUGUAUCAUGCUUUCAACAUCCAUGGAGUCCAUGCAACGCAUAAAAGCACGGGACCACGCUGUCAUCAUACAUGUACGACCACCCAUCCACGCAUAACUUAACUAAGAACUAUACGGCGCUGAACGGGUAGCUACACCGUGAAUUCGUCCACAUUGUCAUCUUGUACGCAUAGCUUGUACUGGUACCUACGACAUCACGACGGGGUGUGAACAUGUUCAC